UCAAUGAUAGCUUCGACCCAUCUAAAAGUGCCUUCGCGUCGUCUUCCGAACGUCGCGCCUGAUCUCGCCGUUCGACAUCAACUUUCUGCUUUGCCUCUGUGACACAGAGACAGCAUCGCAUCGACACGAUCAAUGCAGGGCCAGCAGACUCCGUUCCUGUCCUUCACGCCGCUUGCCCAAGGCUAUCUCACCGCAUCCAAGCACGACCGGCAGCCACUAUGCGGUAACAGCGAGGGUUGGGGGCCCAUCAGCCCGAUUCGUUAUGACUUCACGCCAUGUUUUCUCGAUGUGUGGAUAGCCGUCGUGGCCGUGUGGGGGAUCGUGGGAGGUGCAGGCGCGUUGUGGUAUCUGUUCAGGAAGUGUUCGCCCCAGCCGGUUAAGCGCAAUUGGCAUUUCUACGCAAAACUGGCUACCCUCGCGGCUCUCAUCGCCACAACUGCAGUGCAGGCAGCACUCCAGGUCCAAUACCUCAAAGACGUCUGGGCUGGCGACUUCCGCUUCUGGACCUCUAUUGCCACCAUCUUGUCGCUCGGUGUCGUCUUCUACACGCAAUAUGUCGAGCACUCGAGGUCGCGCAACGCUAAUUGCGUCGUGCUCUUCUUCUGGCUGUUUCUCCUCAUCGCAUACGCCGUCAAGCUCCGCUCGCUCAUCGCGCAGAAACUGUACGAAGAUCAUGUGGCAUAUUUUGCAGUCUUCUGCGCCAGCGUAGGUCUGGCUGCCGUCGAGUUCGUCUUGGAAUACUUUAUUCAGAAGCGGCUAAGCGACUACGACGCCCUAGGAGACGACGAUGAAUGUCCCUACGAAUACGCGGACGUCUUUUCCGUCUUGACUUUUGGCUGGAUGACACCGUUGAUGAAGCGUGGCUACAAGACCUUCCUCACCCAGGACAGUUUAUGGAAUCUUCGAAGACGCGACACGACAAGACACACUUCAGAGGCGUUUGAGGAGGCUUGGAAGAUCGAGAUGGAGAAGAAGCAUCCGUCGUUGUGGCUGGCGUUUUUCCGUGCGUUCGGUGGUCCGUACUUCAGAGGCGCUGCCAUCAAGACCGUGAGCGACGUCUUGAACUUCGCGCAGCCGCAACUAUUGAGACUUCUGAUCAAUUUCGUCGAUUCCUACCGUACUGGUCAUCCUCAGCCUGUAGUGCGCGGUGCCGCUAUUGCACUUGCCAUGUUUUCUGUAUCAGUUUCCCAAACUAUGUUUCUUCACCAAUAUUUCCAACGUUCUUUCGAGACUGGCAUGCGCAUCAAGUCCUCCUUGACCGCUGCCAUCUACUCCAAAUCGACGCGUUUGUCAAAUGAGGGUCGAGCAUCCAAGUCGACUGGUGACAUCGUCAACUACAUGGCUGUAGAUACGCAGCGACUUCAGGAUCUCGCUCAGUAUGGUCAGCAGCUUUGGUCUGCUCCAUUCCAAAUCGUCCUGUGCAUGCUAUCAUUGUACCAGUUGGUUGGCUACAGCUGUUUUGCAGGUGUGGCUGCCAUGUUCGUCAUGAUACCUGUCAACGGAGUAAUUGCGCGAUGGAUGAAGACGCUGCAAAAAGAGCAGAUGACGAACAAGGACGCACGUACAAAGUUGAUCUCCGAGAUUCUCAACAACAUGAAAUCGAUCAAGCUAUAUGCUUGGACUACAGCGUUCGCCACCCGCCUGAACCACAUUCGAAACGAUCAAGAACUGAAGACGCUUCGCAAAAUCGGAGCCACCCAAGCCAUCUCCACGUUCACAUGGUCCACAACUCCAUUCCUUGUGUCCUGUUCGACUUUCGGUGUCUUCGUUUGGACACAGAACCGUGCGUUAACUACUGAUAUCGUCUUUCCUGCUCUCACGCUUUUCAAUCUGUUAACGUUCCCUUUGGCCGUUCUGCCCAUGGUCAUUACAGCGAUUGUGGAGGCCAGUGUUGCUGUGGGUCGCAUCACCAGCUACUUAACCGCCGACGAGCUCCAAGAAAAUGCCGUUAUCCACGAAGAGGCUGUGGAAGACAAUGGCGAUGAAUCGGUUCGCAUCCGCGACGCCAGCUUUACCUGGAACAGGAACGACGAGCGUGGUACUCUACACGACAUCAACUUCUCUGCUCACAAGGGAGAGCUUGCGUGCAUUGUUGGCCGUGUGGGUGCUGGAAAGUCAUCGCUUUUGCAAUCAGUACUAGGCGACAUAUGGAAGCUAAAGGGGGAAGUCGUUCUUCGAGGCAAGACCGCUUACGUUCCGCAAUCUGCCUGGGUAAUGAAUGCGUCUGUCCGCGAAAACAUCGUUUUUGGUCACCGCUGGGAUCCUCAUUUUUACGACAAGACUGUCAAAGCAUGCGCGCUGCGCGACGACUUUUUGCAACUUCCUGAUGGCGACCAGACAGAGGUCGGCGAACGUGGAAUCUCUCUAUCUGGUGGACAAAAGGCUCGGCUUACCCUUGCUCGAGCUGUGUAUGCUCGCGCAGAUGUCUAUCUUCUCGACGAUUGUUUGUCCGCUGUCGAUCAGCAUGUUGGAAGGCAUCUGAUCGACAAUGUUCUUGGACCUAAGGGCCUCCUGGCCGGCAAGACGAGGAUUCUCGCGACUAACUCCAUACCCGUAUUGAUGGAAGCUGACAUGAUCUUACUGCUUCGUGAGGGUAAGGUUCUUGAGAGAGGCAGUUACGACCAACUUAUGGCAAUGAAGGGGGAGAUUUCAAACUUGAUCAAGGCAUCCUUGAACGAGGACCAGGACGAAACUAACAAUAGCCACGCAUCGGAAAGCGUCAUGAGUGACGAGGGAUCUACAGUGUACGGCGGAAGCCCGGCUUCGGAAGACGAUGAGCAAGACCAGGCCGAAGUUGAAGCUGCGCAAGAGGGCGCUGCUACUCUUGCGCCGUUGAGACCCGGUAACGGGACGGCUCGCAAACACAGCUUCAACACUCUUCGCCGUGCCAGUACUGCUAGUUUCAACGGAGCUCGUGGCAAACUCACUGAUGAGGAAGGGGGUGGAUUGAAAAGCAAGCAGUCUAAAGAAUUUUCUGAGCAGGGCAAAGUCAAAUGGUCCGUGUACGGAGAAUAUGCAAAGACGAGCAACCUUGCAGCUGUCGCGAUCUAUCUCAUACUGUUGCUUGGAGCACAGACAAGUUCUAUCGGAGCGAGCGUUUGGCUAAAGAACUGGUCUGAAGUUAAUCAACGGUAUGGCGGCAACCCACAUGUCGGCAAGUACAUCGGUAUCUACUUCGCUUUUGGUGUUGGAUCUUCUGCUUUGGUUGUGGUGCAGACGCUGAUCUUGUGGAUCUUCUGUUCGAUCGAGGCCAGUCGGAAGUUACACGAGCGGAUGGCCUUUGCCAUGUUCCGCUCACCGAUGAGCUUCUUUGAGACGACUCCUGCAGGACGUAUCCUGAAUAGGUUCUCAAGCGAUAUCUACAAGGUAGAUGAGGUUUUAGCCCGUACUUUCAACAUGCUCUUCGUCAACACCGCCAGAGCCGGUUUCACCCUCGUUGUUAUAUCCGCAUCUACCCCGGUCUUCGUUGCGCUCAUCCUGCCGCUAGGCGCGCUUUACCUUUACAUCCAGAGAUACUACUUGCGAACAUCGCGGGAGCUGAAGCGUCUCGAUAGUGUCAGUCGUAGUCCUAUCUAUGCGCAUUUCCAGGAGUCGCUGAGUGGUAUGAGCACAAUCCGUGCCUACAGCCAACAGAAGCGCUUCGAACUGGAAAAUGAGUGGAGAGUAGAUGCUAAUCUGAGAGCCUACUAUCCGUCUAUCAGCGCCAAUCGAUGGCUUGCUGUGCGAUUAGAGUUUAUCGGCUCUGUCAUCAUUCUGGCAUCUGCCGGCUUCUCCAUCAUAUCCGUGGCGAGCCACAGUAAUAUUUCAGCGGGCAUGGUUGGUCUUGCGAUGUCUUAUGCGCUUCAGAUCACACAGAGCCUCAACUGGAUUGUCCGACAAACCGUCGAGGUGGAGACAAACAUCGUAUCGGUGGAACGUGUACUUGAGUAUGCUGCUCUACCUAGUGAAGCGCCAGAUGUCAUCUCCAAGAAUCGGCCACCGAUUAGCUGGCCAUCUCAGGGCGGUGUGUCGUUCAACAACUACAGUACCCGAUACCGGGCAGGUCUCAGUUUGGUGCUCAAGAAUAUCAACCUCCAGAUCAAGCCCAAUGAAAAGAUUGGGGUUGUUGGUCGCACGGGCGCAGGCAAGAGCUCGCUCACUCUGGCACUGUUCCGCAUCAUCGAACCCGCCGAAGGAUCCGUGAGCAUUGACAACCUGAAUACGAGUUCAAUCGGUCUUCUUGAUCUUCGUAGACGACUAGCCAUCAUUCCUCAAGAUGCUGCGCUCUUCGCGGGUACCGUGCGAGACAAUCUUGACCCGGGUCACGUUCAUGACGACACAGAGUUGUGGAGCGUUUUAGAUCACGCUCGUCUCAAAGACCACGUUUCAGGUAUGCCAGGAAAGUUGGAUGCCCAGGUUCAUGAAGGAGGGUCCAACCUCAGCGCUGGACAGCGGCAGCUCGUUUCGCUCGCGCGUGCUCUUCUUGCUCCCAGCAACAUCUUGGUUUUGGACGAGGCUACGGCUGCCGUCGAUGUCGAGACCGAUGCCAUGCUACAGACGACACUACGUAGCAGCAUGUUCCGAAACCGCACUAUCAUCACUAUUGCGCAUAGGAUCAACACUAUUCUUGACUCUGACCGCAUUAUUGUGCUAGACAAGGGCACGGUCGCUGAAUUUGAUUCGCCUGCAGAGUUAGUAAGAAGGAAGGGCUUGUUCUAUGAGCUGGUGAAGGAGGCAAAUUUGCUGAACUCGCUUGACAUAUCGCAGUCGUAGGUUCUGUAAGAAUUGCGUCGUGGAGUGGUGGGCCAUGUGAACGAUGGGUCGAUACUUGCGUGAAGAAAGGGGAGGGUGGAGAUGUUCCUCGCCUAGGCUUGCGGUAAGCCUGCAAGGCGUGUUCACCGCCUGCAUGGCUUAGAGAUGGCGCAGAAAUUGCAGAUGUGGCGCCGUAGUGUCGAAAUCGGACCGUUCGGUGUGCUACUCCCCCCACGACGAUGCUAUAUGUUGUAUAAGCGAUUGUUGCACGGGAGGGUACGACAAGGCUGCUUGGUUCGUUACGGCCGAAGGAAUAGAUUGAAAGGAUGACUGGCUUGUAUAUAGAUAAAAUGUAUUCGAAACUGCAAC